CGUGACUACGGACAUCUCCUGAAUUUCUCUCUGCAACGGCGGAAAUCUAUGAAAUCUCUGAGAAAUACUCAAUCAAGACACCGUUUGAAUAUCUAACUAAACCUGGCACAAAAUGUUCCAAAUUCUUCUGGGUCGCUCAAGCCAGCAGGCAGGAGCCCUGAGGCAUAAGCUUCGCUCGGUGCGUUUGCAUUCAAGCCAACCCACCACUCCUCGAUGCAUACAUGUACAUGCUAACGGCAAGCAGAAGCCAUCCGCAGAUGGUCACAUCCCAUUGAACUCCUUGCGACGCCAGGGGGCUGCCUGGGCUGCAGGCGGAGUGGGAGUGGGAUCGACCCUUUUCGGUGUCUAUAAGCUGUUCAACUCUUUCCGGAGUCUGAAAUACAUCAAGUAACCGCGAAAUGGACACACCAACUAGUUGAUAUCUAAUCAACCAGCAUUUAAAAUCACGAUUCUGAUUUCCCAACUCUGAAAAGGAUAUUUCAACUUCUCAAAA